AUGUACUAUAAGGGAGUUUACCAUUUGUUCUAUCAGUACAAUCCCUAUGCUGCAGUAUGGGGUAACAUUUCAUGGGCACAUUCCGUAUCAUAUAAUCUUAUUGACUGGAUGCAUCUUGAUGAUGCUAUUAAUCCAACUGAGCCUUAUGACAUUAAUGGCUGCUGGUCUGGUUCUGCUACAAUUCUUCCUGGGGUAGAAAAACCGGUCAUUCUAUACACUGGAGAUAAUUUUGAAAACCACCAGGUUCAAAAUCUGGCCGUGCCUAAAAAUAUAUCUGAUCCACUGCUUAGAGAAUGGGUAAAAUUGGAUCGUAAUCCACUGAUGACUCCAGUUAAUGGCAUAGACCCGAAGAUGUUUCGAGAUCCUACGACUGCGUGGCAGGGAUCAGAUAAAUUAUGGCGUGUAAUUAUAGGAAGCCAAAUUAAUGGCCAUGGAACUGCUACUCUUUAUAGAAGUAAAGAUUUUGUUAGCUGGACUAGGAGUCAGUAUCCUCUUCAUUCAUCAAACAAAACAGGAAUGUGGGAGUGUCCUGAUUUUUAUCCUGUUAGUAGUCAUGGUAAAAAUGGGCUCAACCCCUCUUUCAACAGUCGAGAUACUAAGCACGUCCUAAAAGCGAGUUUUGGUGAUCACGACUACUAUGUAAUAGGAAAUUAUGAUUCGAAAAUGGAUUAUUAUAGGGCUGAUGUUGAUUUCAUGGAUAGUAUUGUGCAACUUAGAUAUGAUUAUGGUCUGUUCUAUGCUUCCAAAUCAUUUUAUGAUAGUGAUAAAAAGAGAAGAAUAUUGUGGGGAUGGGAAAAGGAGGCAGAUGACGUCAACAAAGGCUGGUCUGGAAUUCAGUCAAUUCCAAGAACUAUAUUUCUAGACAAAACAGGGAAGCAAUUAGUACAAUGGCCAAUCAAAGAACUCGAAAAACUUCGGGAAAAAGAAGUCUCUCUUCAGAACAAAGAAAUAAAGGGUGGAACUGUGUUUAAAAUUGCAGGGGUCACAGCUUCACAGGUUGAUAUCGAAGUUUCAUUCAAAUUGCCUAAUUUAGAAGAUCAGAUCGAGUUGAUGAAUACAAAAUCAGUUGAUCCCCAACAACUUUGUAUUCAAAAGAAUUCUUCAGUAAGAGGGGUCCUAGGGCCAUUUGGUUUGUUAGUCUUGGCCUCAAAGGAUCUAACCGAACAAACUGCCAUCUUCUUUCGGAUAUUCAAAGGCGAUGACAAGUUUAUUGUCCUAAUGUGCAGUGAUCAAAGCAGGUCUUCUCAGAAAAGAGACGUUGGCAAAAAUAUCUUUGGGGCAUUUAUUGAUGUAGAUCCUACUCAGAAAAUCUCAUUAAGAACCUUGAUUGACCAUUCCAUUGUAGAGAGUUUUGGUGGUGAAGGAAAGGCUUGCAUCACUGCUAGAGUUUAUCCUGAAUUGGCCAUUGAUAACAAAUCCCACCUCUACGCAUUUAAUUAUGGGACAAAAACUGUUAAAAUCAAGAGUUUGAGAGCUUGGAGCAUGAAGAAAGCUCAAAUGGUUGAAUCUCAUGAAGGAAGAAAGCCCCUCAUAAAUUGA